GCACACACCGGUAAUGGAAAUGUCCAACAUUUAAUUAUCAAUAACGAAUGACAUUCCGAAGUUCCGAUUACAUUAUUCAAAAAGUCUCCAAACAAAGUUUUAUGCUACUCACUUGGUUACUACAUCUGUCUUUGAUAUAUGUGCUUUCACACUUGUUAUUGUCCAUGGACCAAAGCUGAAUGUUUCGGUUUUCUUUCCACUUUUACAAGCCACAUCUUCCGUUUUCUGAGCCAUUUUUUCGCCACACUUUAUUCACCUUAGCUUUGACUCUGUCAGUCUGUCUGACGUUCCGGUAAAAUGGCCAGCUCAGAAUGGGAAGAAGUAAAGCGACUCGCUAAAGACUUUCAGCGAGCUCAGUUGACAACUGCUACUCAGAAGUUGUCGGAGAGGAACUGCAUUGAGAUUGUGAACAAACUGAUAGAGGACAAGAAUAUAGAGGUAAUCUAUACUCUGGAUGGCAAGGAGUAUCUGACACCAUCCCAGGUAGUGAAAGAGAUUCGAGAUGAACUCAUCAUUCAUGGAGGUAGAAUAAACCUAGUAGAACUCCAACAGAUACUGAACAUUGAUUUUAGCUACAUUGAGGCCAAAGCUAAUGAAGUAGUCAAGAAUGACAGAAAUGUGUUCUUGGUGCUUGGACAACUCAUAGACAAUGACUACCUUGAUCAUCUAGCAGAAGAAAUCAAUGACCAACUCCAAGAUGCCGGCCAGGUGUCCAUUGCAGAACUCACCAAGGCCAAUGAUGUCCCUGCUGAUUUCUUGACGGAGGCUAUUGAGCAGAGGAUGGGGCGGAUCAUUGAGGGUCAGAUGGAUGCCUAUGAUAGGGGUGUGAUCUUCACCCAAGCCUUCGUUGACAGGCACAGGGCUAGGAUACGAGGAAUCUUCAGCGCAAUCACCAAGCCAACUCAAGUCUCCAACAUAUUGAACCAAUACCACAUUCCUGAGAGGUUAUUUCACAGUAUUCUUGAAGGUCUUGAGAAGGAAAAGCGUUUGAAGGGCUCCCUCAUGGGUGGCAGACAGGAGAAGGCCUCGUACAUUCCUGAUAUCUUCACCAAGACACAGAAUGAUUGGGUCGACUCCUUCUACGCACAGAAUGGUUAUCUUGAAUUUGAUGCCUUGUCAAGACUUGGCAUCCCCGAUCCUAAGUCUUUUGCCAAGCGUCGUUUCAAGUCGGAGAAUCUCCUGAUCCUACAGUCUUGCUGCAUCGGCAAAGUUUUACAAGACCGUGUAGAGGCUAGCGUGGAGGAAGCAUUGUCGUCUGGUACAUGGAUUGAUGUCUUACCCCUCCUUCCGAGCUCCUUCACAUCGACUGACUGUGGACAGAUCUUGCAUCACUGCCUCAAAGGAAACCGUCAGCUAGACGGCAAGGUCUUCUGCGAUACAAUCAUCUGUAGUCAUAAGUUCAUGGCUGAUUGCAAGGCAAUCUUUUAUCCCAUCAUGAAAGUCAAAGCAAAAGAGGAUGCCAAGAGAGCACCAGACAUCCUGAUGCAGGCUGACAAGAAACCAUCGGGGGGAUCGGAUGCUAAAAGAGAUCGCAAAGAAGAGAGGAGAAAAAAGGCGGCAGGUGUUGGUGGGGGUGGUAGUGCUAAGGGAGGCGUAGGAGGACAGGCCAGGGAGGUCAAAACAAAGAAGGUCAAGAAAGGACGAGGGAAAGAAGUUGAAGAGGAUGAUGAUGAAGAUACGCAGAGAGGGUCCAGAGUAUCGGCCUCUGAGUUCCCGUUCAUGACGCUGGAGAAGAUGGAAGAAAUGUUGAGUGAGAAAUUGGAUGAAUGUCCAGUGGAGCUUCAUGCCGAACUUGCUGAAGAACUCUUCAGGCCUCUAACUCGUGCCUACCAGGAUGUUGUGAAAGUGGCAUUCCAGAUGAUGGCCGGAGGAAGCGCUGCCACCAGGAGAAAGACGAGAGAUGAUCUUCAAGACGGGAUCAAUGCCUUUUGGAAUAACAUCAGACAGUUCAUCAAAGGGGUCAAGCAGUGCUCAGGAGAUGAGGAACUUGAAGGCCAGCUAUCCCGCUAUCUCCUGCGUUCACUCUGCUCCGAUGUAACCACCAUGCUAUGUUGUGCUGUAGCUGAACCAGCCAUAGCAACAGAUCCUCUCGCGCUCACACCAGAGAUGCGAUUAAACAUCAUCAGCAAGCUUCCAGAUAAGAUCAAGACAGUCAUGUCAAAACUAAAUAGCUCCCUCAGUGGUAAGGAUCUAGAUGAAUUCGUGGAGAACCUAGAGCAGUCGUGUGACCCUUCCGUCUGUGACAUCAUGCUCAAGAAACCAGACAAAAAGAAAGACAGGCAAGCGGUGUUCCAUCAUCGACAAGCCCUGUGCGAGCAGCUGAGGAACGAAACCGAUUCCGCCUUGGCCCUUCAUCUGACCAUCACCGUUGCCUUCCAAAACCACACCCAAUGCAUGCUCCAUGCACCAGGAAGAUGCGUACCUCAGCUGAUCACAUUCCUCAGUAAACACCUCACUGCCGACCAACACGCCCUCUUAGUCCAAUACCAAGACCUGGUCCAAAAACACAUGGCUCACACCCGAGAGCAAGAUCAGAAGAACAGCGCACCUUCAGGCGAGGAGGAGGGGGACAAGAGGAGGGCAGUGGAUGAGGAGAGUAAAACUAAGACCCAACUCCAGGAUUUGCUGAAUAAGAUCAAGGACGUAGCUCUGGUGAAGAAAGGAUCAGCUGCUAAUCAUGAGGAUUAAACCCUAGGAUUGAAUCCUUUAAUACAUUUUCACUUAUGUUUUCCCGUUAUAUUUCGUUAGUUCCCAGAAUAUCCAUAGAUAUGAAAAUUAAUAAAUCAAAAUAAUGCAUGUUAUUUCAUUUCUUUUAUAGAUCAUAUCAAUCCAUGUGCCCGAAAAUGGUUGUGGUUUGAUGGAUAUAAACUAAAAAGUGUGUUUUAUUGGAUAAAUUUACAGAUUUCACAUCAAAAUUGAAUUCAAUCAGUUGCCCCCCCCCAAAAAAAAAAAAAAAAAUAGCGGAAUAAAAUGUCUUCAUAUUUUUGGUUAUAUAACAUACCUUCUCAUUCCUGGAAUCAGAUGAAAAUCUCAGGACAUGUUGUUUGUCAGUCGCUUUCUAAUAUCCAAUUAGUAAAUAUGUAAAAUAAGUGCUCAAUCGGCUUUUCUUUAUAAAGAUAAAAGCAUUACUGAGAGGGGCUGCUAGAUCUUACUUUACAUUCCAACAACUGGAAAAUUAACAUAUUGAAAUUAUAAUGGGCUAAAUACAUUUGAUGACUUCUGCGCUUGUAUGAUAUUAUAAUGUUCAAUGGUGCCCGAGUAUACAUGUAAUUCACAUUACUGAAAUGCUUUUACCAAGCUUGUGACAGGCUUUAUAAAAUUGCGCAGCAUUGUAUAUCUACCCCUUCUUCUUGAGGCUCACUAUGUAUUGUUAGAAUAUUCGUUUUUAUUUUUAGAUAAAUUUCUCGAAAUUCAGAUUGUCACCUCGUGGUAAUCCAUAACAUCUUCACCUAGUGUAAUAUAACUGCAUUAUGUAUUGAUUAAAGACCAAACCUUCUCAACGAUAGUAUAUUCUAUGUUGGACUGAAUAUCAAAUAUGACACCAAAUAAUUAUAUUCCACCCUUUCCAAUCAAUUCCAAUGAAUUCCUGUUUUGUGUAGAGUAUUUAAGGGGAAGGGGCCAACUGACCUACGCUGUAUGAUGACCAACAUUGCAGUAUCAAUGCAUUGAAUAGUGAAUUAGUGUGUUACCAUUCAAAUGGGUCUAUAUUACAAGACUACACUGCUAGAAUUCGUUUUGAACAUGGCGAGAGGAGCAGUCUAGGAUUCACGGGAUGCUGUGCAGGGCUGCUGGAUUGUAUAUGCUUUAAAGUAGAUACAAACUAAAAGCGCCAUCUCGAGUCCUCAACUACUCAUACCUGGCCAGUUUCCUGAACCAUAAUGCUAGAGUAGUCUAGUAAUACAGACCCACUUGAAUGAUAACAAGCUUAUUAACUACUCAAUACAUUUAAACCGCAAUAAUUAUGUUACCACGUAGCAAAACACUUACUUUUCCUCUCAAAACAUUUCAGUUUUUUUUUACAAAUACAAUAAUAGGUCACUUUAUACUCUGUAGUAUUAGUAAAUAUCUGUAAAUGUAUAUUUCAAGACUAUGUCUUUAUAACACACAGUCAAUGAGAGACCACACACAGUUCACUCCCCCUUUAACCCUAAAAAAGGAAAGGGCUAUUGGAGAUGUAUUGAGGACUGGGGGGCCGCCCUUCUGAUCUUGGCCGCCGUUUGCGCGACCACGCCAAAAUUUGGCAUGCCUAUUAUUUACCAAACAAACUACAAGCAAGUAUUUAAAAAAAAUCAGAAAAUAAUUGCUUUUUAUAUAUUAUGAAUAAAAUAUGUAAAUUUAUUCGUGAAAAACAUUUUCAAAUUUACCAUCCUGUUUCACUUCAAAUUUUCUUUUUCUUUUACAGAUGUCAUCUUUGUAAUCUAAUUUAAAGGUUUUCAUGUAGAAAAAUUGCGAAAGCCAAUUUUCUUUGUUUUUAGAAUUUCUUAUGUAUUUCUCUGUUUUUUCAUCUUUUGUUUUUCUUUUUUUCUUUUCAAGGGAAAUUAUUACAGACCAUUUAAAAACUGAAUUAACUAAGCAGACCAAUUAGAAUGAAAAACAAUCACCCUUUUAUGAAUUUCAACUCCCAUAGACUUUGUAAACAAAGUAUAAAAAUUAGCCAUUUGCGGCAUGACAUUGUCUCGUAAAAAGUUGUGUGGCGUGCUAUACCCGUAUGUCGCAAAGAUAGUCUCAAAAGUUGAGACUUCAAAAAAAAAAGUCAUUAAUUUUUGCGGCGCUAUUUUUGGGAAUUUCUGAAAUAUUGCCCCCCAGUCCUUUUAUGGUUAAAGGUACAUUGUAGUUUGGGAUGUUAUGUGAAAUUUGAAAUGAAUAUUCACUCACUUCUGUCUCUUGAUUUGUCUUCCUCAAUUGGAAAAAAUGUAUUUGCAGCUAAGUUGAAAGAAGAUGAUUACUUACUACCACUCUUAGUUACUCUGGGAUGAAAAUAAUUAUAUCUUAAUGAAUAAAGUAAAAUCUACCUAGCAAAAAGCUUUAAAAAAUAAUCAUCAAAUUCUGACAACAAAUAAGUGAUUUAUUGAAUUUUAAAUCAAGCAUUAUUUUAUGAAAAUAAUUAUGUGCAUGUCGUCAUGAAAAUUCAUUAGGUUGUUGAUGUCAUGUGCCCCCUUUUCUUUUCUUAUGUUAUUAAAUUAAAUCAUAAUUAUUUUCUAUUAUACAUGUAUGUAUGGUUCGUCUCCCUAAUAAUACGAUGAAUUGUUGCAAUGAAUAUCCGAUAUGCAUUAAAUCAGUUGUCAAUCCAAUUAUUCUAAUUCUUGAAGGACAACAUUUUAAUAAAUACAAUUUCAUGUAAUAAAAUACAACAGAACAAGUA